GUGUUUGACUGUUUUCUAAAAGUUGCAAGUACUUCUCACUCGGUUUUCCUCAGCUAAUAGUUGUAGCCACUGUCGGUAGUUGAAAGCUUUUAUAAGCCAUAUAUUCAACUGAGUUUCACUCAUUAUUAUUCUUUCCUUCUUCCAUUCAAGUUUCAACUAAAUGAAGUUUAUAAGAAUGGACCAAUUAUUCAGUCUUGUAAUAUGUACACUUCUAUUACUAAAAGCAGCAGAAGGGGUUACUGUGCCAAUCACUUUUGUUCAAAGUGCAGUGGCAAAAGGAGCUGUUUGUUUGGAUGGUAGUCCACCAGCUUACCACUUUGAUAAGGGAUUUGAAGCUGGAAUUGACAACUGGAUUGUUCACUUUGAGGGAGGAGGAUGGUGCAACAAUGCAACUACUUGCCUUGACCGGAUCGACACUCGUUUAGGAUCAUCGAAGAAAAUGGAUAAGACACUUUCCUUUUCUGGAUUUUUUAGUAGCGGCAAAAAGUUUAAUCCAGAUUUCUAUAAUUGGAACAGAAUCAAGGUUAGGUAUUGUGAUGGUUCUUCAUUUACCGGCGAUGUUGAAGCUGUCGAUCCAAAAACCAAUUUGCACUACAGAGGAGGAAGGAUUUUUGUUGCUGUCAUUGAGGAUUUACUAGCAAAAGGAAUGAAAAAUGCUAAAAAUGCAAUUCUCUCUGGAUGUUCAGCUGGAGGAUUGACUUCUAUUUUACAAUGUGAUCGCUUCAGAACUUUACUACCUGCAGCAGCUAAAGUGAAAUGUGUCUCAGAUGCUGGUUAUUUUAUCAAUGUAAAGGCUGUCUCCGGAGCAUCACACAUCGAACAAUUCUACAGUCAAGUUGUUCAAACACAUGGCUCAGCAAAGAAUUUGCCUUCAUCUUGUACUUCAAGACUCUCACCAGGGCUGUGUUUUUUCCCCCAAAACGUGGCCGCACAAAUCAAAACACCGAUCUUCUUUGUAAAUGCAGCCUAUGAUUCAUGGCAGAUUAAGAACAUUUUGGCACCAGGUGUUGCUGAUCCUCAUGGCACUUGGAGAAACUGCAAGCUUGAUAUAAAGAGCUGUUCUGCUAAUCAAUUAAGUACAAUGCAAGGUUUCAGGACAGAAUUCUUAAAGGCAAUUAGUGUGGUUAGUAAUUCUCCAUCUAAAGGAAUGUUUAUAGAUGGCUGCUAUUCCCACUGCCAAACUGGAAUGCAGGAAACAUGGAUGAGAACCGACUCUCCGGUGCUGGCCAAAACAACAAUAGCAAAGGCUGUAGGAGAUUGGUAUUAUGAUAGAAGCACUUUUCAGCAGAUAGAUUGUCCUUAUCCUUGCAACCCUACUUGUCAUAACCGUGUUUUUGAAUGAAAUUAACAAAAUAUAGGUUCAUUCAAGUACACAUAUAAUUUCUACAAAACUACACUUAUUGGUUAACUAGUCAUGAAAUCAUGAGAAUGUGAUUUGUAAUUUCUAAGCUCUCAAAAUAAAGGAUGUUCAAACUACUAUAUUAAAUAAUUUAUUUUAUGCUACUACAACUUGAUGUAUCUAUUGUCUACUAUACUGAAAAGCCAAUAAGGCACCUUUGAUUAUUGGUUAACAACUUUAUAUUAUUCAAAUUAUUUUGAUA